AGUGACAAGGAAUUGAGUGCGCGUUUAAUUAAUGUUCUUAAUUUUAUGAGUAGAAUCUUGAAUUUCGUGAAGUUUAUGAAAGAAGUCGUUAAAAAUUCAAGAAAUUUUAAUUCACAUAAAAUUCUAAAAUAAAACGCAAAUAAAAAUUAAUUCAAUUUAAAUUUCACAUCGUUAAAAGAAUCACAAGAAUUGGGUGAGCGAAAAGUAAGGAAACCCAAGAAAGUGUUGUUUAUAAAAGAAAAAGGAAUAUUUUUAAUAAAAAGAGGAAAAUUAGAAAAAAAUUGAAAGCAAAUCAUUGAAUUCUAAAUUCAAUAAAAUAAAAGUUCUCAAAGAUGGAACUAAUAAAUAUUGUUUAUGAUGGAUGGCGAGAUUUGAUGGACAACAAAUCAGAUCAAAGAACUAAAGAUUGGUUGCUAAUGUCAUCACCUUUCCCAACAGUUGCAAUAUGUUUGUGUUAUGCCGCUUUUGUGAAGAUUAUUGGCCCAAAGCUCAUGGAAAACAGAAAACCUUUUAAGCUGAGAAAAAUUCUCAUAAUUUAUAACUUUUUUCAAGUUUUAUUCAGUAUGUGGCUCUUCCAUGAAGCAAGUUCAACAGGAUGGCUGAACGAUUACAGUUACAGAUGCCAAAACGUAGAUUAUUCCACAUCGCCUCGUGCACUACGAAUGGCAUCGGGUUGUUGGUGGUAUUUUUUCAGCAAAUUUACAGAAUUCUUUGAUACAAUUUUCUUCGUAAUGCGCAAAAGAUACGAUCAAGUCUCGACACUUCACGUCAUUCAUCACGGUAUCAUGCCAUUCAGUGUUUGGUGGGGUGUAAAGUUCACACCAGGCGGUCAUUCAUCUUUCUUCGGAUUUGUCAACACAGGAGUUCAUAUUGUGAUGUAUUUGUAUUACAUGUUAGCAGCAAUGGGACCGGAGAUGCAAAAAUAUUUGUGGUGGAAAAAGUAUUUGACCGUCCUUCAAAUGGUUCAAUUCAUUGCUGUUAUGGUACAUGCUUUCCAAUUACUUAUUUGGAAUCCGUGCAAUUAUCCAAUCGCUUUUGUUUGGUGGAUUGGAAUGCAUGCAUGCAUGUUCUUCUUUCUGUUCAAGAACUUCUAUAAUCAAGCGUAUAAAAAGAAAAAGGAGAAAGAACGCCAAGAGAAAAGACUUGCUAAUGAAAUAUCCUCAGAGAAUAAUAAUAAUAUUAAUACAAACAAUGGUAAAACGCCGCUUUAUGAAGCAAUGGUGGCAUAUAGAGGAAGAAAAACAGAAACAAUCAUGGCUUAUUUACUGCAUGAUGCAUACGAUUGGUAUAGAGAUCUAAUGGAUAAUCGUUCAGACCCUCGAGUUAAAGACUGGCCUAUGAUGCAAUCACCGUUGCCUACUCUAGCACUUUGUAUAUUUUAUGCAUAUUUUUGUAAAUCUCUAGCACCUCGUUUGAUGGAGAAUCGCAAACCUUUCGACCUCAGACAAAUGUUAAUUUUUUAUAAUCUGUUUCAAACAGUAUUUAGCGCAUGGAUAUUCUAUGAAUAUCUGCAAAGUGGUUGGUUGCGAGAUUAUAGCUAUCGAUGUCAACCUGUUGACUACAGUCCAAAAGGAUUAAGAAUGGCUGAAACAUGCUGGUGGUAUUACAUUUCAAAGUUUACCGAAUUCUUCGACACUUUGUUCUUUUUAAUGAGAAAGAAGAAUCAGCAAGUUUCAACGCUUCACGUGAUACAUCAUGGAGUUAUGCCUUUCAGUGUUUGGAUGGGCAUGAAAUUUGCUCCAGGCGGUCACAGCACAUUCUUUGCUAUGCUUAAUGCAUUUGUACACAUUGUCAUGUACUUCUAUUACAUGAUUGCAGCUAUGGGGCCCAAAUAUCAAAAAUAUAUUUGGUGGAAAAAGUAUUUGACAGCAUUUCAAAUGCUUCAAUUUGUCGCCAUUUUUACUCAUCAAUUCCAAUUACUGUGGGUCGAUUGUGAAUAUCCAAAAGGAUUCAUGGUGUGGAUUGGUCUACAUGGUGUAAUGUUCUUAUUCCUCUUCUCCGACUUUUACAAACAAAAUUAUAUCGAGAAGCAAAAAAGACUGAAAGCGUCAGAGGACAAGAAAACAUUGGCGAAUGGAAAAGUUCAUUUCAAUGACGAAAAUAACAGCUCACAAGUGCCGACAACGAGUGAAGAUCAAAGUCUAAGUAAGAAUGGUAUUCACCUAAACGGUGCUUUAUUGAACGGCCAUUUAGACAAAAACGGUUCAAGGAUGGCAAACGGUGUGACGUCCAAUGGCACUUUAAGAUCAAGAAAAUGACGGAUGAAAUAGUAGAAUGAGAAUCUGAUUAAACUAAUUAAUAAACAAAAACAAUCCUACAAAGAUGUGUAACACACAAAAAGAAAAGCGUGAGAGUGAUUUAUGUCUCAAAAUGAAGUCAAAAUUUUACAUUUCGAUGAACACUUUUUAAGACUUAAAAUUGAUUGCUUUAAAUAUUGAUUAAAGACUCGAUGCAUUAUUUAUUUACUUUGUUUGAGCUUUAUACAAUAACUUUGUCUACACUUCGCAUUAGAAUGUUUGGAUAAAAUAAAUUUUAAAUCUGAAAAAUGUCAAUUGAAAGGUUAAAAACGUCUGCUGCACUUUGGAACAUAAACCACCCACGCAAAUAAAAGAUGAAAAGAUUUUUUCUUCUUAAUUUCAUACAACAAUCAAUUUAGGGAAACAAAUAUUAAAAAAAGUAUAUAAAAGGAAAUUAAGAGAAUAUUUUUUUGGUUUAACAAGUUCAAUGUUUAAGCACUAAGAGAUGAAUUACAAUGCCUAUAACUAUGUUUUUAAUUCAUAUUUAAAUGAUGAUGUAGCUGAUCUUAUUAAAUGGGAAAAGAAAAAAAAAAUUGUCUUUGGAUUUGAUAAACAAAAAAAGGUUUUUUGAUAUUUGUUAUGUUUUCUUGUCGUUUCGUUUUGUUGCUUGUGCGUCAAUGUUGUCGUGAUUUCUCUUUUAGGUAUUUUUUUAGUUAUGUACAUAUAUUUCUUUUCUUGGGAAACAACCAAAAGUGGAAUGUCCCAAAGGUUUUUAACUUCUUCUUCUUCUUCGCCCGCUUAGUCAUUCUUCUUUCUUUAAUGUGACAUAUUUACUGUAAAGCUUUCCAUACGUGAUUGAAGGGAACUUUUGUUCCGUUACAUGAGUAAUAAAACGUACAUUGACACUGCAUAAAUAUUAUUAGCUGUUUAGUUCCGAAUGAAUAGAAUAACUUAUGUGACAAUUAUUUCUGAUUUAUAGUCUGUUAAAGUCUCAACUAAUUGACGUAAUUAUUGAGUAGUCGCAAUAAAAAUAAUUUGCUACCACUUAGUGAUUUUAAACUCCGAU